GUCCAGUCAAAGCGAGCUGCCCUCGGCUGAAGAUGGCAGGUCUCCCGCACCGCGUCAGCCCCGUCCCAGGCCUGCUCCUGCUCUGCCUUCUGGCUCCGCGCUUCAGCCCCUGGAGCCCUCUCGCCGCAGCAGAGCUCGAGCUGGUCAAUGCCACGUCUUCGGUCCCCAGCAUGAACGAGACAGAAGACAGCCCCCUCACCUGCCACGGCUUCCAGUGCGCGGGGGAGAGAUGCUACCAGGAUCCGGCCUAUGCCAACGACACCGUGGCCUGCCACAACGCCUCCUUCUGCGAGCUCCACCGCGUCACCAGCGUCAACUACACGGCCCGGUGCAGCAGCGCGUGCGGGGGGCUGAACGGCACAGAGAUGUGCGCGGCCAACGGCAGCGUGCGCGCCAGCCCGUGCACCCUGGAGUGCUGCAGCUCGCCCCUCUGCCUGCAGCUCAACGCCACCGCCUACGGUGACUUGCCACCCACCACCACGCCGGCACCUACCACCACCACCACCACCACCACCAAGGCCCCCCCGAGAAACGGCAAAGUGUGCGCGACCUUCUCCUGCCGCGGGGACGGCUGCUUCAAGGGCAAGAAGCCUGCCGGCCGGUGCAUCGUCGGCUUCGACUUCUGCGAGAUGAAGAAGACAGGCUCGAGCUAUGUCGCUGGGUGCAGCAAAGCCUGCAAGACGGGCAAGCCCGUGUGCACCGGCGGAGUGGCCACCACCUGCUACCAGGAGCCCUGCCCCGCCGGCCCCAAGGCCAGCUGUCUCAAGCUGGACGGCCACGUGCACGUCAACGGUGCUGGGCGGAGGGCUCUGGCCCCGAUCCUGCAGCUCCUGGCCGGCGGCGCGGUCCUCGUCCUCCACUACUGCGUCCUCGCUGCCCUCCAGGGUUAA